AUGUUGCUCCGCUUUCGCGGGCCCGACGGCAUGAUCCGUCAGGAAGCCGAGAAGACUGACACAUUUGGCAGCAUCAUGCUCAAGCUGCUGCCUAAGCUUCCACCGACCGUCGACCCGACCACGAUCACAGUAUCGAACAACCCGACAAAUAAGGGUGAGAAGCGGAAGGUGGCCGAUGUGGCCAACGUGCCCAUCAGCCAGACUGGUCUAGGCCACGGUGACAUGGUCUUUUUGGAGUACAAGCACAAGGAAGACGACUCCAACGGCCACUCAAACGGGGCCGCCACGUCCGCCAAACCCCAGACACUCUCCUCCUCGUCGAACCGUCUGAAUGGCCAGCCCGUACUGCCCGCCGAGGACCGUCCGAUCGACCCGCUUCCUGCAAAUGCGCCCUCGACUUCAACCUCGAUCUCGGCGGUGGCCACGCGCAUAAAGAAUCCUUGGGAGGUGGUGAAGCAGUCCAAGCUUGACGACACGCUCGACAAGCUCGAUGGCAAGAUCCCGCGGAAACGGGACCCCAAAAUGUGCCGCCACGGCGCCAAGGGCAUGUGCGACUACUGCCAGCCCCUCGACCCGUUCAAUGCGGGUUACCUCGACGAGCACAAGAUCAAGUACCUGUCCUUCCACUCCUACCUGCGCAAGAUCAACUCGGAAAAGAACAAGCCCGAGCUUGGCGCCUCGUUUAUUCCGCCACUGGUCGAGCCCUUCUUCCGCGUCCGGCCCAACUGCCCGUCUGGUCACGCGCAGUGGCCCGAGGGCAUCUGCAGCAAGUGCCAGCCCAGCGCCAUCUCCUUGCAGCCACAGACGUUCCGGUCUGUCGAUCACGUCGAGUUUGCGUCACCAGCAAUCGUCGACUCGUUUAUCAACGCGUGGCGAAAAGGCGGCGGUCAGCGCCUGGGCUACCUGUACGGUCGCUAUGAGCAGUAUGAGGUGGUUCCGCUGGGCACAAAGGCUGUUGUUGAGGCCAUCUACGAGCCGCCGCAGGUCGACGAGACCGACGGCGUGUCGUUGAACCCCUGGGAGAACGAGCAGGAGGUCGACGCCGUGGCCAAGCUGUGCGGCUUGGAGCGGGUUGGCGUCAUCUGGACGGACUUGCUCGACGCGGGUGCCGGCGACGGGUCCGUGGUGUGCAAGCGCCACGCCGACUCGUACUACCUGUCUUCGCUCGAGGUCAUCUUCGCCGCACGGCUGCAGGCACAGCACCCCAAGCCAACCAAGUGGAGCGACACCGGCCGCUUUGGUUCCAACUUUGUGACGUGCGUCAUCUCCGGCAACGAGGAGGGCCAGAUUAGCAUUUCUGCCUAUCAAAUGUCCAACGAGGCGGUGGAGAUGGUGCGCGCUGACAUUGUGGAGCCGUCGGCCGAGCCUGAGUCGAUGCUCGUGCGCGACGAGGAGGAGGACGACGGCACGGUCAGCCGCACGCGGUAUAUUCCCGAGGUCUUUUACCGCCACAUCAACGAGUACGGCGCCAACGUGCAGGAGAAUGCCAAGCCUGCGUUCCCUGUCGAGUACCUAUUUGUCACAUUGACGCACGGCUUCCCACAAGAGUCCAAGCCUGUCUUUACUGACCUGGGCUUCCCGAUUGAGAACCGCGAGUACAUUGGCGAGAGCCAGGAGCACUCGGCCGUCGCGCGUAUGCUCCAAGCCAAGUCAGGCAAGGCGGACGCCAAGGACCUGCACGUCUCCAACUUCCACCUCCUCUGCGCCCUCCGCAAGAUGGACGUAUUGUCAAAGGUAGGGCCACCGUCACCCAUCACGCGCAGCGACGAGGAAGCCCUGCUUUGCCGCGUCGCGACCCAACACGACCUUGCCGACACGUUCCAGCUGCAGUCCACACCCGGCUGGCAGACGCUGUUGAUGAUCCUGCAAUCUGCCGGUGAGCGAAUACCCAAGCGACCCCGACAGGACAGAGAGGAGGACAUGGAGGACAUCCAGUACCUAGGCACCGUGCGACGAAGCAAAGAAGACUUUGACGAGAGACGCAUUGCUCGCAGUGGCAGUUUGAGAAUGCGGAGUGGCAGCACCAGCGCAGCAGGUGGUAAGAGCAGCAGGGAAAAUGAGAGCAAAAGGAGCAAAAACAGUGACGGCAGUGGGCGUCGCAGUGACCAGGGCGGCGGUGGUGCAGAUCCUGCCACUUUUUCUCCUUCUUCGUCUUCGUCUCCGUCCAUGUCGCCAGUGGCCGCCGAUGCUCCUCCGUCUAGUUCCUCUUCGUUCUUACCGUCGUCCCUCCACACCCAGCCCCUCUCCUCUUCUUCUAUCCCUCCCCUCCACCGUGCUUCUUCAUCGGCAUCUAUCGGCGCCAACCGUGACACGGAAUCUGGCGAACCUCUUGCUAAACGAUUUGCUGCCGUUAGGCUAAACGCGCGCUCGCCGGCGUUGUCGAACCGCGCGACCCCCGAUUUCACAGCGAACGGCACGGCCGAUGCCACCGCCACAGACCCCGCAAGCUCGUCUUUGAGAAAACCGCUUUCCCCGUCGGGUACGGACAAGACACCGUCUACGAGUUCAAAGCACAAGUAG